GAAAUAAUUCUGUGCGACACCGUAGAUUAAUGGUUCCAGUCGCUGUUCCGGAUCGGCUCGCCUCUCAUUGUUUACAUGUUAAAAUGAUAUUUUAGCUCCUAUUUCUGAGACUGUCAUCGGCAAAGGAUUAACAAUCAUCUUUAAAUGAUGCUAAAUAUCAACAAAUUAACGAGAAACUAAAGUGCGGGACCACAUUUUAUGGAGACUUGUCUCAAACUAGCCCUGGAUGCUAACUAUUUCAGCUCCGUUAUCAGUGUGUCUCUCGUUUAUCCAGAGAUGACGAGUUAGUCCACAUUGUUUAUCGGCUUUUGCGUCUGCUCGGGCCCCAAACACAACAACAAAACUAUGGAGGUAUAGCACCAAAUGAGCCUUCAGGCCCAGAUAACAUCUUGACACGAGAACUUCUGCAGUGGAGGGUGCACAAUGUUUGGUGCACCUCAAAGCUCGAAGUCUGAAUUCCUGGAUAAAGCCAGGCAGGCCAGAGAAGAGAGGAAAGGUCAGAAGGAGAAGGAGAGGGCAGCAAUCCUCAUCCAAGCCCUGGUCAGACGAUUUCUAUUUCGCUGCAGACUCCAGAAGCAAAUAAGGAAAGAAGUUGAUGACUAUUUUGAGUCUGCUGCUGCAACAUCAAAAAGAAAUGCACUUUCAAUUUUUAAAAUUGCUCGUAAAUUACUAUUCAUUUUCCACUUGGAGGAUAAGGCAAGGUUUGAGAAACUCUGUAGAGCUAUUCUUGCCAGCAUGGAAGUUGAAAAUGAGCCUAAAGUGUGGUACGUGUCUUUGGCACUCUCCAAAGAUCUAACAAUCCCUUGGCUAAAACAGAUCAAAGAUGUGCUGUGGACCUGCUGUCAACUACUGAAAAACUUAAAGCCUGAUAUACUGCAGGACAACAAAUUGGUAACGCUGUACCUCACCAUGCUGGUCACAUUCACAGACACAUCAACAUGGCGGAUUGUCAGAGGGAAGGGAGAAGCUCUCCGACCGGCCUUGACGAGAAUCUGUGAGAAUAUCAUGGGUUAUCUCAAUCAAAAGGGUUUCUAUUCAACACUACAGAUCUUGCUGACCAACGGCUUGGCUCGUUCCAAACCAGCUCUCUCUAAAGGCACUUUAACAGCUAUUUUUACUCUCUCGCUAAGACCAGUCAUCGCUGCUCACUUCUCAGACAACCUGCUCAGAUCAUUCCUCAUUCACAUUAUGUCAGUUCCAGCUGUGACGUCGCACCUGUGUAUGCUCACUCCAGAGUGUAUUACUUCGAUCCAGACACAUGGCCUUUUAAAGAAGUUUAUCCUGAUUCUCAGCCGUGAGGAGCAGUGUUCUGAUAUCUGUGUGUGUCUUGAGGGAAGCCACACACUCUGCUUACUUGGUAACCUGAUCCACUUGGGCUUCCUCAAUGAGCGAAUCAUAGAGGAGGAGACCAGUCGCUUUGUGAAGGACUUGACUGACAUGCUGUCCUACUGCCAGAGAUAUGUGUCCCAAAAGAAGUCCAACCUCACCCACUGGCACCCUGUCCUGGGCUGGUUCUCCCAAACUGUAGACUAUGGUCUUAACGAAUCAAUGCCGCUGGUCACCAAGCAGCUGCAGUAUCUGUGGGGUGUGCCUGUCAUUCGGACCCUCUUCAGUGACGUCCUCUCGAAGAAGCUAGAGAGUCAGGAGCCAAGUUCCUCGCCCGCACUACCGAGCACAUCGCAAAAUAACCUGCCUGUUAAAAGCCUUUUCAAGCGAGCAUUUCAGAAGUCUGCUUCUGUACGAAACAUCUUGAAACCGGUUGGGGGAAAAAGGGUGGACUCUGUUGAAGUUCAGAAGGUGUGCAGCAUUUGUGUGCUCUACCAGACCGCUCUAUCCACGCUGACGCAAAUACGACUCCAGAUUCUCACCGGUCUGACGCACCUCGAUGACCUCCUGCCCAAGUUGUGGGCUUUUAUCUGUGAGCUUGGCCCACAGGGAGGCCUCAAACUUUUCAUGGAGUGUCUCAACAACGACACUGAAGAGUCCAAGAGGCUCCUCGCUAUGCUCAUGCUCUUCUGCGACUGUUCACGGCACCUCAUCACAAUCCUGGAUGACAUUGAAGUCUACGAAGAGCAGACCUCUUUCAAAAUAGAGGAGCUCCUCACUAUCUCCUCAUUUCUUAACACAUUUGUGUACAAAAUGAUAUGGGAUGGUAUUCUAGAGAAUGCAAAGGGGGAGAAACUGGAGUUAUUCUACAGCGUUCACGGCUGGUUGAUGGUGCUUUAUGAACGUGACUGUCGGCGAAGAUUUACCCUUGAUGACCACUGGUUACGCAAGGAUUUAAAACCCAGCUUGUUGUUCCAAGAGCUUGAGAAAGGCAAGAAAAGAGCCCAGCUGUUACUGCAAUAUAUCCCACAUGUUAUUCCUCAUAAAAAUAGGGUGCUGCUGUUUAGGAACAUCGUCACGAAAGAAAAAGAGAAUCUUGGGUUGGUCGAAAGCAGCUCCGCUUCGCCGCAUGUCACCCAUAUUACCAUUCGCCGCUCACGCAUGUUAGAGGACGGUUAUGAUCAGCUCCGCCGGUUACCUGUGAAUUCCAUAAAAGGUGUCAUUCGUGUCAAGUUUGUGAACGACCUGGGAGUGGACGAAGCCGGUAUCGACCAAGAUGGUGUCUUUAAAGAGUUUCUAGAAGAGAUCAUUAAGAAAGUGUUCAACCCUGCUCUCAACUUAUUCAAGACCACGAGUGGAAAUGAGAGGCUGUAUCCUUCACCUACUUCCUACAUCCAUGAGAACCAUCUGCAGCUCUUCGAGUUUGUGGGCAAGAUGUUAGGGAAAGCUGUUUACGAGGGCAUUGUGGUGGAUGUGCCUUUUGCCUCCUUUUUCCUCAGUCAAGUGUUGGGUCAUCACCACAGCACCUUCUACAGCUCCAUUGAUGAGCUGCCCUCGCUGGACUCUGAGUUUUACAAGAACCUCACAUCCAUCAAGCGCUAUGAUGGAGAUGUAGGGGAUCUGGGACUCUCAUUAUCCUAUGAUGAAGAUGUUAUGGGACAGCUAGUUUGUCAUGAGUUGAUUCCUGGAGGGAAGACCAUGCUUGUCACCAAUGAAAAUAAGUUCAGCUACAUCCACCUCAUGGCUCACUUCCGGAUGCACACUCAGAUUAAGGAGCAAACUGGAGCUUUCAUCCGGGGCUUUCGCAGCAUCAUCAACCCGGAAUGGUUGCACAUGUUUUCGACACCCGAGGUUCAGCGUCUAGUCUCAGGAGACAAUGCUGAAAUUGACUUGGAUGACCUCAAGAAGCACACAGUCUACUAUGGAGGUUUUCAUAGCAGCCACCGUGUCAUCAUCUGGCUUUGGGACAUCUUGUCCGGUGAUUUCACAGCUGAGGAGAGGGCAAUGUUCCUCAAAUUUGUUACAAGCUGCUCAAGACCUCCUCUCCUAGGUUUUGCCUACCUCAAGCCACCCUUUUCAAUCCGUUGUGUGGAAGUGUCAGAUGACCAGGACACCGGGGACACCCUUGGCAGCGUCCUCAGAGGCUUUUUCACAAUCCGUAAAAAGGAGCCUGGUGGUCGACUGCCAACUUCAUCCACAUGCUUCAACCUGCUCAAGCUGCCCAACUACAGCAAGAAGAGCAUCUUGCGUGACAAGCUGCGAUACGCCAUCAGUAUGAACACGGGUUUUGAGCUUUCGUAAUACCCAACUGUUGCAAAAAGGGCCACCUGCAACAGGUUGAAGCAGCCUGACCCAAGCAAAAGGUUUUAGGUAGAUGGGCUCCUGUCGUGUCUGAAGAAAUUUCUACAAAGUAGAGGAGUCGUGAAGGACAACACUCUUCUUUCGUCUUAUUUUAACACCUGCAAGAUUACUAUUUAACUCCCUUCCAGCAAAAUUUGAUUUGGCAUCUCCCCUUGCCACACAUGAAAUCCAAGUUCAUAUAUAGUAUUUAACUCCAUUAACUCUGUAUUUAUAGUGACUAGAUCUCAGUUUCUCAGGCUUAAUAUAAUCUUUUUUUAGAUCGAACACUCCCACCAUACGAGAACUGGAAAGCAAUACAGAUGCAAUUCAAGCCAUUAAAUGCGUGAAAACUAAGUAAUGCAUUGGUAAUAAUGCACUUCCAGUUUUGAACUUUGGUAUCCAAGCAUCAUUUAGAGAGUAUCAAAUUACCGUAGUCCAAAUGUGUUUUGCGUUGCAUAAAUGUAAUUUGUCUAAGUAGAAGACAAAUCAAUGUCUUCAGCCUGCAGAACGGAGGACUCCCUCGUCCCGUGUUAAUCUCUAUCAGUUUCCACCAUCUUAAAGACACACUAUUCAGUUUAUGAUGGUUUAUGAACAAUGUGUGUAUCAAAAGAUCUAAGGACGCUAUGCUUCAUUUGUGGUGAAGCACCAAGAUUUCUGGACAUGAAAGAUCCAUUGAUUAUUAUUAUAAUUUUUUUUAAAUACAGAAGUGAUGUCUGCUUUUGCAUCUUUUAUCCUUGGCAAAAAUACCUGGAAACGUCUCGUCACAUCUCAAAUUUAUUGGCGUUUUAUACUUCAUGCUAGAAAACCAGAACUUUUCUCAUUACACCUUUUAAAUAACGCUGAGUGCCUCAUGCAUCGCCAUCCUCCCCAUGCUAUCACCUUGACCUUUUCACCUAUUACAAGUGAAACCAACAAUGUUGUAUAUCGGAAACAAGCCAUAGAAGUUGUGGGGGGCUUAUGCUUUGAAACCCAACCACUGUAAUGCCACUAUAACUACAACAGUUGUGAGACUUUGACAAUGCUCUCUGUGGACUUUCUAAGCCAUGUUGUGAAGAAUUAUCUAUUUAAACAUGCCUCUCAACAUGAUGUCAUGGACUGGAUCACCAGCCUAGAUGGACUACUGCUUGAUUUCAUGUUCCUUUGGGUGGUAAUGUUAUGGGAAUGUUUCUGCUAAGUGUCAUCUUAGUCAAGGACCUACCAGAAAUAGAAAUGCAGCUUUCAAAGAAAGAUUGUAAAAGUAAGCAUAAAAUCUCAACCAAAUCUGUCAUUAUGCAAAAAAAAAACAACAACAACACCAACAUCAUCUAUAAAACCCUGUCCUUACUUACCACCAUACAGGUCAACACUAUCAUUUUACUAACCAGCAACUUGUGUGAAAACAACAGUUUGGCAUCAAAUCAAUACAGAAAUAGAAUUGUUCACAGAAUAAAUUUUUGUCCCUCAAAAUAUUCUAACAUAAUUUACUGCAAUAUAUGGAAGAUUUAAAAAGCCUACACACCUCAGUUCAAAUGUUAGGUUCUUGAGCUAUAGAGAAAAAGAAAAAAAAAAGAUCUUAUUCCACCAUGUGGAUCAUGUGACAUAUAACCUGUCCAACUCAAUUGGGGAAUAAUAAUUAAAAAAAAAAUUGAGAGGGGAAGUAUGGUGUUUCUUUUAGUGAUGAGCAUUGUUGUCUUUCGCAAAAACUGUGCCAUUUGAAAAGGGGGUGUGCAGACUUUCUAUAUCCGCUGUAUCUCAUACGGCUAAUUAUUGGACUCCAGGUUCUAAAAGGGUAUGUUCUAAAAAAAAAAAAAAACACCCCAGUGACAAACCAAUGUACCGGUUGACAAAAA